AUGUUAAAUCACAACUCGAAUACUUUGAAAAACUGUUAUCGCUUCGUAGAUCAAAACAUCCAUCUCCAUAUACCAAUGGAUGACGGAUUACUCCUCAACUUUACCAGCGGCGGUUCUCGUCAAGAUCGUAGCAAAAAAGGUGGUAGAUGGACAGAUAGAGCAUCGGCUAAGCAGACAAUGAAGCGCAAUCAGCGCUACAGUGCAAAGCAGCAGAAAGCUAGCCAGCCAACCCAACCACAGCAACAGCUAGAACCACAGGCAGCCCAGUCUGAUCCACCGGCUAAAAAGCAGAAAGGCAUUAACAAUGAUGCCCACGGUGAACAAUCCAAUCAACCAAGCCAAAACAACCAAAAGAAGCACGUUGUUUCAUCUCUUUUCACUUUCAAUCCAAAGGUAGAGGAAGAGCAGCAACAAAUAAACUCAAAAUCACUUGAACACCCCCAGCAGCAGCCUUCCAAUGCGCCACUUGCAUCGACGAGUACUUUUGAAGGUGCCAAACUGCACCCGCUUCUCAUUCAACAUCUUCGCGAUAAACUCGAGAUCAAAGCACCCACUCCAAUACAGAAACUGGCAUUGCCGACACUUCUGCAACCUUCUGUUGAUGAGAACAAUGUACUGGCAUCCAGAGAUGUCUUUAUACAAUCUCAAACUGGAUCUGGUAAAACGCUCGCUUAUCUGUUACCAAUCAUACAAGAUUUGCUGCCAAUGGGUGAGCUAUCAUUCAUUGAUAGAAGCAUCGGUACACUGGCUAUCAUAUUGGCACCUACUCGUGAACUGGCUAGACAAAUCUUCGAUGUUCUUGAAAAUCUCCUUCAAUUGAGUUUGACAUUAAGAGGUGUCCCAGAAGAAGAGCAGCAGAGAUUGACUAGGUGGCUUGUAGGUGGUCUGCUGACUGGUGGUUCUACUCGUACGCACGAAAAAGCUAGACUGAGGAAGGGAUGCCCUAUUAUUGUCUCUACGCCGGGUAGGCUUCUCGACCACUUGCAGAACACAACCUCAUUCAACGCAUCCAAAUGUCGUUGGUUGGUUCUUGAUGAAGCUGAUAGAUUGAUGGAUCUGGGCUUCGAGGAAACCAUUACUGGUAUUAUUAAGGGACUCGAGGGUCGUCGCAAGCUUACAAAGAAAGCCGUCGAGGAAGGCAAUCUCUCUGAGGUUGGUGGUUGGAAUUUUGAUUACAGACGGCGAAACAUACUCUGUUCAGCGACGAUCAGAGAGGAUAUACAAUCAUUUGCUAGUCAACAGCUGCUCAAUCCAGUAGUGCUUAAGGAGAGCGACAUCAAGAAGGAAGCUGACGGUGAAACAGCCACGACGAAUGAUGAGGCAACCAAGUUCACUCCACCAGCGCAAUUAACUCAAAAGUACGUGCAAGUACCACUCAAACUCCGUUUAGUUGCUUUGCUGGCGUUGUUGCGAUCACUUCUUACGUCGAAAGACAACGAGCAAGGUAACAGGAUCAUAACGUUCUUCAGUUGUACAGACUCAGUCGACCUCCACUUCCAGUUGUUCGGUGGGGUAUCUAUGGACGAUGCGGGUAGGAGAAAUGUAGAUGAUAGAUUGAGCGUGACGUGUCCAAUCCUGCCAAACACAAAAAUUUACAGACUCCAUGGUUCGAUGUCAUUGCAGAAUCGUUUGAACACAGUCAAGGAAUUCACCGACAAGAAAUCCCAGCAACCAGCUAUCAUGUUCUGUACAUCGGUCGCAUCUAGAGGUUUGGAUAUGCCCUUAGUCCGAGCAGUUGUGCAGGUAGAUCUUCCAACGGAGGGCGGAGCAAACGAGUACGUCCACAGAGUCGGUAGAACAGCCAGAGCAGGUAAAGGUGGUGAGGCGUGGUCAUUUGUAGCUCCAUCGGAGAUAGGUUGGGUAGAGUGGUUGACAAACCAAUUGGACCCUGACCACAAGUCCAUCAAACUGAACAGCGUAUCUGUUGAUAAUGUACUCAAGCGUGGUUACGGUGGACAAGGAAAUGAGUUUGAAAGUAGAGCUACAGAUGUACAGACGUCUCUUGAAAGAUGGGUGAUUGCGUCACCAGAGAACUCUCAACUGGCUAGAAAAGCUUAUCUGUCACAUAUAAGAGCAUAUGCUACACAUCCACUCGAUGAGCGCAAGUUCUUCCAUGUCAAGCUUCUUCAUCUUGGUCACUUAGCUAAGGCUUUCGCUUUGCGUGAAACACCAACGACUGCGAGCACAACUAAAGGUGAUGUGGCUCAGACCAAGGACAACCAGAAACAACAGACCAUCGAACAGAGAAUGCAAGAUUCUGUUAGGAGGAUUGGUAAAAACACAAAGCGAGAUGGCGAAUUCGCAAACAAUGACACGAGUGAAUUCCAAACUUCGAUAUCAGGAUAUGACAUGAAGCCAAGCAAAAGGAAGCGUUAA